AUGGCUAUGGACAACGGAAAGCCGCGCUAUCUCGGCGUCACCCCGCCGAUAUCGACAAACGAAUCCACGCAAAGGGAAAAGGAAGUAACGCAAACGCUGAUGGAGGAGCUCCGGCGGCAGAACACAUUCGAAAGCGAGGAGGAGGCGAAGACACGAGAGAUUGUGCUUGGCCGUGUGGCGGGUCUUGUGAAAGCCUUCGUCAAGAAGGUCUCGCUCAUGCGUGGGUUUACGGAUGCGACAGCAGAGGCGGCAGGCGGCAAGAUCUUUACAUUCGGUUCAUAUCGAUUAGGGGUACAUGGACCAGGCUCCGAUAUUGAUACGCUCUGUGUCGUUCCGAAGCAUGUCACUCGUGAAGACUUUUUCGACAUUUUCGAGCAUAUGCUUCGUGAGACGGAGGGUGUAGUCGAGGUUUCGGGAGUUCCCGGGGCUUUUGUGCCCAUUAUCGGAUGCAAGAUAUCCGGUAUACCCCUCGACCUAUUGAUGGCGCGCCUUGAGUUGUCGACAAUCCCGGAUGACUUGUCGUUACAAGACGACAAUCUGCUCCGACAUCUUGAUGAUUCUACUAUCCGUAGCCUGAAUGGUUCGCGCGUCACGGACGAGAUUCUUCGCCUGGUUCCUAACGUUGCCGUCUUUCGGGAUGCCCUACGAUGCAUCAAGCUAUGGGCAAAUCGACGCGCUAUAUAUUCGAAUGUCAAUGGCUUCCUCGGCGGUGUGGCGUGGGCGAUGCUCGUGGCGCGCAUAUGCCAACUAUAUCCGAACGCUCUUGCAGGCGCCAUCGUAAGCAGGUUUUUCAUCAUCAUGUAUCAAUGGACCUGGCCGCAACCCGUUCUCUUGAAACAAAUCGAGGAAGGUCCGCUGCCUGUUCGCGUGUGGAAUCCGAAGCUAUAUCCCGCCGACCGCUCUCACCGCAUGCCGAUCAUCACGCCGGCUUACCCAUCGAUGUGCGCAACGCAUAACGUCACGGCUUCAACGCAAAUGAUCAUGACCGAGGAGUUCAAGAAAGGCGCCGACGUUGUGGAUAAGGUCAUCAUCGGAAAGGCAGACUGGUCUCAACUCUUCCAGAAGCACGACUUCUUCCACAAGUACAGAUAUUACCUUCAAAUCGUUGCGUCGACUGGAUCUGCCGAUCUUCAACUCAAGUGGCAGGGUACGGUCGAGUCAAGGAUACGCCAACUAGUCAUGAAGCUUGAGUUCGUUGACGCACUCGCGCUUUCUCAUCCGUUCGUCAAGGGCUUCGAGAAGGUAUAUUAUUGCAUAUCGGACGACGAAGUGAAGGCAACAGGCAUGGGAAACAUUAGCGAGACCGUCGAAAAACGCAAGCCCGAAGAUGUCAAAGACCAACCAAGUGUACAGUUGGUUUAUACUACGACUUUCUACAUCGGCCUCGCCCUUGAAGCGAAACCUGCUGGGGCAUCGGGGCCAAGGAAGCUGGACAUCUCAUGGCCAACGGGCGAGUUCACUAAGAUGUGCAAGAUGUGGGACCAGUACGAAGAGAACAAGAUGGGCAUCUACGUUAGGCAUAUCAAGAGCUCCGCCCUUCCUGAUUAUGUGUUUGGCGAUGGCGAACGUCAGCCCAAGCCAUCUAAGAAGCGCCCGAAAUCUUCCAAGGCGAAUGGCGACUUAAAUGGCUCAGCCGACUUGCCAGCCUCGAAGAGACCUCGGCUUCCGGACUCUACCACAUCUACGUCGCCAACAUCUCAUGUCGUUAACCCUGGCCAAGCACCAAUGUCCAUACUCGCGCCUACACCUGGUCAACAACCGUCAACCGGACGCGCAAUCUUAACGGCGACAUCGGUACAAGAUCCUGCCUCAAUCAAGUCGCCAAGUCUGCCCUUCGGGGAGAACGUCGUGGUUGCCACUGGCUCAGAGAUCCCCUUCUGA